AUGCACAAGCGCGCAGUCACGGGGCCUGGCUGGAAAUGGCAGACCUGCUUCUUCGUCCUCAAGUCCGGCGUGGGGAUAGCUCGCAGGCUGCUGUGGACACUGCAUCCCAACGACGAGGUGCCCGUGGGGUCUGUCCACCUGAGCCAGAUCCGUGCGGUGCAGGCGUUGGACACCCCCGACGGCGAGGCCUGCCUGAUCGUCGACUGGGGCGGCCACGACGCGUCCCACGCGCUGACCCUGCGCUCCAGCUCCCCGCAGACACGUCAGGACGCCCGGGCCUCUGCCGCCAGCCUCGCCGAACCUGGCCUGUGCAGCAGGGGCAGGCUACGCAAGUACGUGUCGUGGACAGACUGCAGGGCGUGCCCUGAAUGCGAACCGACCGAACCAGAAUUGAGCAAGGACAAGUACGACGGACGGAGCUGGUUGGAGCAGGAAUUCGACGAGGCCCUGGCGGCCGCGGCCACGCCGGCGCGCGCCGGCAUGCGGCGCAGCAGCGGCGCCCCGCCCGCCGAGACGCAGCCCCGCCAGGGGCGGCCCGGCAGCCCCAGGCGGCAGCGGGCCGCGCAGGCCUCCAGCGGCAGCGGGCGCAAGGCUGGCGCGAGCGGCGGCGGCCAGCGGCGCUGCAGCUCCUUCGCUGACCGGGCGGCGGCGGCGGCGGCAGCCGCGCCUGCAGCCGACGCCUCCCCCGAGGAGGCAGCCCUGGAGGUCUGCACACAGAGGGUCGCCUGCAGCAUCUGCUGCGAGGAGGCGCCCUUGCAGAGCGCCUUCCGCCUGGCCUGCCGGCACGGCUGGUAUUGCGGCGGUUGCAUGCAGCGGCACGCGGAGGCCAGGCUCGCCUCCGGCUCGGCGGAGGUGCCCUGCCCCGAGUGCUACGCGCCCGUCGCCGAGAGGGACCUGCGAAAGCUGCUGCCCCCGGCGAUCGUGGAGCGGCUGCUCGCCCGCAGCUUGGAGCAGGCGGUCUCCGCCGCCCCAGACCUGCGGGCGUGCCCCACCCCGAACUGCCCCAUGCGCGUGGCGCUGGACGAGGGCGAGACCGGGCGGCUCCACUGCCCGAUGUGCCGGAAGGUCUCUUGCCUGAGGUGUGGUGCGCGCCCGUUUCACCGCGGCCUCACCUGCGACGAGCACGCCAGGAGGCAGCGGCUGAAGGGCAACGGACAGGACGAGGAGAGCCUCCAGAAGUGGAUGGACUCUGUGGGCGCCAAGAAGUGCCCCUCCUGCAGCAUGGCGAUCACGAAGCAGACCCUGCGGAACCAGGCGACGCAGUAUUCCGAGUGCCACAAGAUGAAGUGCCGGAACUGUUCGACCCGCUUCUGCUUCAAGUGCUUGGCCGUGUUGACGGAUACCUACACAUGCGGCUGCAGCAUCGACGCGCAUGGCUUCAUUGACCCCAUCACGGGCAAGCGCUUGGAGCACCUCAGGGCGAAGAGGAGGCGAUCCAACGGCAGCAGCGCCCACGCCAAGGCUGCCGUCAAGGCGAAGGCCAAGGCGCGGAGGAAGGCCUGAGCCGCGCGGCCGAAAGGGGCGCAGUGCACCGGGGGGUUGGGAUACGUAGUGGAGGGAACAUGGGCUGGCGGGUCUCCGACCGCACCCGCCCUGCCGCGGCCUGGACGAGGCGUGAGGUGUGCCCGUUCGGGCUUGCGCGCAGCCCCCCCUGCGCUUAAUUAGAGCCCGGCCGAGCGCCCUCCCAAGUGGGCCGCCGCCCGGGCCGCCGGGCGCGCUCGCGGGGUGCAUUCGCUUUCAGCCCGGCGCGCCGCCGCCAGGGGGAGGGGGGAGGUUGCUCCCCAAAUCCCAUGCGGCGCCCGCCCUCCGGCCUCCCCCGGUCACCUCCGGCCGCUGUCCAGCCCUGGGCGCGUGCGGGCAGCGCCGGAGACAGACCCCGCCGCAGGGGGAGCGCCGCGAUCCGCGGCCAGAAA